GUUUAAAAAUAAUUUCACCACUUUUCUUUCCUCACAUCUAAUUCGCACCUAACAUUUCUCUUUCCUCCCAACUUCACCACUUUUCUCUCUCUUCAAAGAGAUCCCAUUUCCUCUUUAAGAAAAUAAAAAGAGAAAGUCAAUUCAUAUUUGAUUUUUCUCUCUAUUUCUUUGCAUGUUAAAAGCAUUUCUCCGUGUGAGAAAAAAAAGGAAAUCCCCCACAAAUCCCUCCAUCUUUGUUCUUCAAUUUCUUUAGAACCCUCCAAAGCUUCUACUCCUGAAUUUAAAUCAACAUUUCCCAUCUAACUUUUUUUUUUCUCCCCUUUUAGCUUCAACAAAUAUUCAAUUUUCAAAAACCCAAAAAGAAAGAGAGGGAAAAGAACUAAAAAAAAAGGAAAAAAAAUGAGAAAAUGGAGUUUGUGGGCAAAUCCGUGAAGAAAAAGUUAAAAGGACUCGGUUUUUUCUCAGGAACUGUCAAUUCCUUUGAUUCUUCGACUGGGUUUUUCGAGAUCGUUUACGAGGACGGCAAUUCCGAGGAACUCAGCUUCCACGAAGUUGCUUCUCUUGUCAUGGCUGAUGAUUCUAACCCUAUCCAUGCGGCCAAACCCGAAUCAGGGUUAGAGGUUGUCUGUGCGAAGCGGAGGGUUGGAAGACCCAGGAAACGACGCCGUGUUGAGAGGAAAGUUCGUGUUUGUCCAGGUAAUGUAGAGAAGGAAACCCUAGAGAGUAAUUCGAAUGGGAAUCUGAAUAGAAAUGUUAAUUUAAAUGACCGGUUUGUUGGGAAUUUAAAGGAAAAUGAGGGUUUUGAUGGGAAUUUGAAUGAAACCCUAGAUGAGAAAGGAAUUGGGUCUCCAAGGGAUUUGAAUUUGAAUUUGAAUUUGAAUUUGAAUUUGAAUAAUAAUAGGGAUAUUGAAAUGAAAAAUGGGAUUGAUUUGAAUUCAUCCGGGUUUGAUUUGAAUCUGAAUGAUACGUAUUAUAGUAAUUAUUGUUUCAAUGAUAAUGGGAAUUGUUGUGUUGAGGGAGAGAAUCUAAAGAAGAGGGGGUGUAUUGAUUUGAAUUUGGAUGCGAAUUGCGAUUUGGAUGAUGGUAUCAAUGUUAAUUGCGAAACCCAAAAGAGGGAAUGCGGUUUUGAUUUGAAUGUAGGGGCUGAUGAGGAGAUUAGCAAGGAUGGUAUUGAUGGUAACUGUGGAGGGCAGGGGGAAGCGAGGGAAUGUACCACUUCUGCUGAGAUAAAUCAAGAAACACUGAAAAAGGAGCGAAAUGAUGUGGAAGAGGAUGUUUCUAACGUAGAUUUGAAGGAAGAUCAUUCGAGUUUAGGGUGUGUUGAAGGAUUCCUUGAGAAGGGUGGUGUUUUGGAUACAAAUGUUGUCAAGGGGGAUGAUUUUCAGGGAGUUGGGUUAGUGGGUGUCCCUCAUGCUGGUACUGAAGAAAUUGAUGGGUGCCAAGCCGAUAUUGGAAAUCCAUACAAACAAGCUAAUGGGCGCAGAAAGAAAAGAAAGGUUUCAAAUGACUUCGAUUCUUCAACAGAAAGGGUGAUGAGAAGAAGUGCUCGUAGAGGGUCUGCUAAAAAUCAUGUUUCAAGCACAUCACCGCCCACAAGAACAUCUGCUGUUGGCGAUUUGUCAGUAUCUCCUUCAGUUAGUGCUGUAACAGAGGAGAAGCAGGCUAGGUCAGUCGUUAAAGUGUCUGAAGAGCCUAUUAUUCUUCCUCCAAAGCUCCAACUACCACCGUCUUCCCAGAAUUUGAAUUUGAAUUUGAAUUUGAAUGGGAUUGCUGUACUUGAUAUUUUUUCUAUUUAUGCUUGUUUGAGAUCAUUUAGUACUUUAUUAUUUUUAAGUCCCUUUGAGUUGGAGGAUUUUUGAGCUGCACUGAAGUGCCAGUUUCCUAGCUCAUUAUUUGAUUGUAUUCAUGUUUCCAUUUUGCAAACUCUGAAAAAGCAUUUGGAGUACCUUUCUAAUGAAGGUUCUGAAUCUGCUUCCGAAUGUUUGAGGAGUCUUAAUUGGGGUUUCUUGGACUCUAUUACAUGGCCCAUUUUCAUGGUUGAGUAUCUACUCAUUCAUGGUUCAGGAUUCAAUUGUGGUUUUGAUCUUAAUAGUUUGAAACUAUUCAGAAGUGACUAUUAUAAACAACCUGCAUCUGUUAAGGUUGAGAUACUUAGGUGUUUGUGUGAUGAUAUGAUUGAAGUGGAAGCCAUAAGAUCUGAGCUUAAUAGAAGGUCUUUGGCAUCUGAGACUGACAUGGAUUUUGAUCGAAAUAUGAACAUUGAGUUAUGCAAGAAAAGAAAAGCUGUUAUGGACUUGUCGGGUGGAUCUGGCUUAAGUGAGGAGAUAGUUGAUGACACUACAGACUGGAAUAGUGAUGAUUGCUGCCUUUGUAAGAUGGAUGGGAGUUUAAUAUGCUGUGAUGGCUGUCCUGCUGCUUACCAUUCAAAGUGCGUAGGUGUUGUCAAUGCUCUUUUGCCAGAAGGUGACUGGUACUGCCCUGAGUGUGUAAUUGAAAGACAUAAGCCUUGGGUAAAACCUCGUAAAUCACCUAGAGGAGCGGAGCUUUUGGACAUUGAUCCUCAUGGUCGGUUAUAUUAUAAUAGCUCUGGGUACUUGUUAGUGUUAGAUGCAUGUGAUGCUGAGUACUCCUUGAAUUACUACCACAGGGAUGACCUCAACAAUGUUCUUGAUGUGCUAAAAUCUUCAGAUAUUUUGUAUAGUGACGUGAUAAAAGCAAUUCUCAAGCAGUGGGAUGUAGCUGUUGGCUCUAAUGGAGCUAGUAGUAACUUGGACUCUCUGAAUUCUGUUUUUUCGGAGACAUGUACGAAGGGGAAAAUUCCUACUGUUAGCACAUCCCUACCAACUGUGGCUUCUGCAGAAAUAUGUGCAAUAAAAAAUGAGACUAUUGAUGAUGGAAAACCAGAAGACAAGGAAGUUGCUGAAAAUUCUGGUCAUCUUGAAGUUGAGGUUGCAGAGUCUGCUAAAAUGUUGGCUUUGGUGGCUGGAACAGAAAUCCCAUAUAUAAGUUCUGAAGGGUCAGUUGAAACAAUGCAAAUGAAUUCAGUCAUUUGUAACUUUCAGAAACAAGGAUCUGUUGAGUUAAACCAAUCUGAGAUUCCAGGAAAACACUCACCUCUUGAAGACUCUUCUUUAGUAUCUAAUGGUUUAGGUACUAAGCAAGAAAGCAAGAUAAGGUCAGCAUCUCAGCAAACUCCAUGUACGAUAGAUGCAAAAAGAGGUGAUGAAUCACAAAAACAACCUGGGACUAGCUACUUGAACUACUACAGUUUUGCCCAAACUGCCUCAUUAGUUGUGGAAGAGUUAAUGCCUAAGCCAUCAGAAAAGACAAAUGAUGACUCCCUAAAAUCUGUUGAGGAGAUAAUUGCAAUGCAGAUGAAGGUUAUUUUGAAAAAAUCCAAUAGGUUUCAUUGGCCAGAUAUUCAUAACCUAUAUGUAGAUGCACGCAAAGAAAAUUGUGGGUGGUGCUUCUCCUGUAGAUAUCCUACAGAUGAUUCAGAUUGCUUGUUUAAAAUUACUUCAGGUUUUGUUCAGGAAGUUCCAAAGAGUGAGAUGGUUGGCCUUCGGUCAAAGUGGAACAAAAAGGGCCAUGUUAUAGAUGUCUUAUGCCAUAUUUUUUCCAUUGAAAAUCGUUUGCAUGGGCUUCUGUUGGGUUCAUGGCUGAAUCCACAUUACAUCAAGAUCUGGCAUAAAAACAUUCUUAAGGCAUCCGAUAUUGAAUCAGUUAAACAUUUAUUGCUAAUGUUAGAGGCAAAUCUGCAUCGACUCGCUCUUUCAGCAGAGUGGAUGAAACAUGUGGAUUCUGCUGUCACCAUGGGUUCAGCUUCUCAUAUUGUGAUUGCUUCAAGUCGUGGAUCUGCUAAGCAUGGGAUUGCAAGAAAAAGGGGCAGAUACAAUGAUGGUGAGAGUAAUCCUACUUCUAAUCCUGCUGUAGGACCAAGUAUUUGUUGGUGGAGGGGCGGUAGGGUUUCUCGUCAGCUGUUCAACUGGAAGGUUUUACCCCGUUCUUUGGUUGCAAAGGCUGCUAGGCAAGGUGGAGGCAAGAAGAUAGCCGGCAUAAUCUAUCCUGAGAGUUCUGAUUUUGCAAAGAGAAGCAAAUCUGUUGCAUGGCGAGCUGCUGUUGAGUCAUCAACUAGUGUAGAACAACUUGCUUUCCAGGUAAGAGAACUUGAUUCAAACAUUAGGUGGGAUGACAUUGAAAAUACUCAUGCUCUCCCUACAUUAGAUAAGGAUUUUAAGAAAUCAAUCCGACUGUUCAAGAAAUGCGUUGUGCGCCGAAAAUCAAUAGAGGGAGAUGGGGUGAAGUAUCUCCUUGAUUUUGGGAAAAGGAGAAUCAUUCCCGAUAUUGUCUUGAGAUAUGGGACUGUGGUUGAAGAAUCUUCAAGUGAAAGAAAGAAAUAUUGGUUGAAUGAAACUUAUCUGCCCUUGCAUCUCUUGAAAAGUUUUGAAGAGAAGAGAAUUGCCCGUAAGUCUAGUAAGAUGAUUUCUGGAAAAACCUCUGAGAUCAGUAGGGUGGCAAAGAUGCUGUCAAGGAAUAGGGGGUUCUCCUAUCUCUUGUCUAAAACUGAAAGGUCUGAGUAUAAUCAAUGUGGGCACUGUAACAAAGAUGUCCUCAUCAGGGAAGCUGUACGCUGUCAGUAUUGUAAGGGAUUUUUUCAUAAGAGGCAUGUUAGAAAAUCUGCUGGAGCAAUCAUUGCUGAGUGCACGUUUACAUGCCACCGAUGCCAUGAUGGCAAGUUGAAUGUUAAUGCAAAAAGAGGGGGAAAUGACGCAAAAAGAAGAAAAGGUGAUACAAGGGCGGGGAAGACCAACACAAAAAGUGCAAAAAAACUGCCACAAAAAGGUAAAAAGGCCUCCACAAGUUGCAAAUCGAUUUGGUCAAAAGACAAUAAAAAGUCAGUUGCAGUGCGGAUGUCACUGCGGUCACAGAAGAAUAAAAAGGUUGCUGCUGGUGUGCCACUGCGUCGUUCACCUAGGAAAAUAAAAUACAUUUCUGUGCAAAAGAAAAAGCCUGGUAGGUGCAGGAAAGGCAAACAGAAAUCAAAAAAGAAAGCACAUAAGAAAACAAAGACAAUUACGUCUUGGCAGAAGAAGAGAACAAGGGCUUAUCAUAGUUACUGGCUUAAUGGUCUUCGGUUGUCUAGUAAGCCAGAUGAUGAACGCGUGAUGCAAUUUCAAAGAAAAAUGUUUUUUGCCCCUUCUGAAAAUAUGAUUGUCUCCUCCAAUCAACCCAAAUGUCUUCUUUGUUGUGAAGCAGGCUAUGCAUCUAAUUCACAUUAUGUUGCAUGUGAAAUUUGUGAAGAAUGGUUUCAUGGAGAUGCUUAUGGACUUAAUUCGGAGAACAAAAGCAAGAUUAUUGGAUUUAGGUGUCAUGUCUGCCGUAACAGGACCCCUCCAGUCUGUCCCAAUAUGGUGGCCACGAGAAUUGAUGAGUUUCAAUUGCCUGAGAUGCAAAAUAGUGUUAGGACUGAAUCUUCUGAAGAAGUACAUGGUGCCUUCCUUUCUCCAUGUAAUGUAAAUUCAAAAACAGAGUCUCCUUCAUGUGAAACUUGUGAAGGUUCAUUGGCAAAUGACAAGUGUUUGCAUCAGGAGGAGCAAUUAGGUACCAGUUUGGAUACAAGUCAGGGUCCCAUCUUGGAAUAUAAAUUGGAAUCAUAUGGGACUAUGGUACUUGAUGAGAAGCAGAGUAUAGAUGCACAACAAAUUUCUAACAAUGAAUUGAAACUAAAUACACUAACAUCCUAUGAGAAAGUUAUGUUGGCAGACAGUAGAAUCAAUUCAGGGCAUGAUGUUCCUGCAACUGCGGCUGAUGAGGCAGAGUGCCCUUCACAUGAUGUUCAGCUGGAUUCAUUUGAAACUGAAUUGGCGUCCUUGGGUCAUGACGGGGCCCAUGAUGAUCUGUUGAACACAAUAAACAUUCCAAAAUCAGUAGCAGAUGGAACCUCCUCUGAGUUGCAUCCAGAUAAGUUAGCGGUGUCAGUUAAAUUGUUAGAUGAUGGAGCCAAAACAACAUAGGUUAGAUUUAUAGUUUAACAUUUAAUUGGUGUAACAAGACUGGGAUUAGUGUGGGUGCUAGAUUUGUUUGUAGGAGUAGAGUUUCAUGUAAAUUUUCUGAUGUUGAAAUCAUGGAAAAUUUUUAAACAGUACAUUGGAAUGAUUCAUUUCCAACAGAAAAUAAAAAGUUUACUUGAGCCUAUGAAUCAAAAUGCACUGAUCCAUAUGAAGAUUGCUUCACUUAAUUGCAUUGGUUUUAAGGUUGAAAAGAGCGGCGGGAGGCAUGUCUGGUAGAGACCAUGAGAGCUCUUGGCCAGCUAUUCUCGCAAGUUUACUUUCCGGCAUGCAGAUUGAUGGGUGAUCUAGAGGCCAGUCUUGAUGACAUUAUUUUAUUCCUUCAGAACUGGUUGGUUGACCUGCCUUUAAAAUGCAGGUGACUGUCACCUCUUAACUACUUUUCUUAUUAUUUUUAUUGUCUCUAUUUUGGGUCUUGCAAGAGGAGUCCUUGGUUUGGUGGUAUAUUAAUGCUUAUUGGAUCAUUGUCUUCUACAUUUAGUUUUGAAUGCUGAUUGAUAUCAAAUUAUAGAAUACAAAAAUUUUGUCCCUUUUUUUUCUCACUUGCUCUAUGCUUAGCUAUAUAUGGUCUUAAAUAUAGCACAGUCAUGUAAUAUGAUCCUUGUAGCUGGCCAAAAAUGGAGGGAAUUGGCUUAGUUUAUUGUUGCAGCUGCUAUUUGUGAUAGUGGAAUUUUUUUUUUUAAUUAUUUUUUAUGGUAACUCUCUUGAAAGAUUUGCUUCUCUUAAUUUCUCAUGUUAUCUUGCUCUCUUGAUCUGUUAUAACCAUGAUUUAUUUGAUUGUUUUUAAUGUUGUAGCUGAUAUGUAGAACUUUUUAGUAGUUAUUAUGUUACCUUAUCACAGCUAAUGCAUAUCCUAUAAGCUAGUUUAAUUUCUUUCCUUCCAUUCUUCUUUAAUAUUGUACUAUUUUUAAUGGGAGGGGGCUGGUUUUUCUAUUGCAUGGUUACUGGUGUCACAAGUUACCUGAGUUGGUAUUGUAGCAAACAACAAUCUGCUGAUGUAUGAUAGCAUGACUAGUUGCCUUUUUAGAGGUUUAUUUUGUCUGCAACUUGUAUUCCAUGCUGCAUAGUUGGAAGACGUUCCCUACAGUUGCUGUAUAUCAUGAAGAGAAAAUGAAGCAAAUGAGAGAUUUUGAGCCUUCCCUAUGUUCCCCCUUAGUACAGGAUAUUUGGGCAUUUUGCUUUUCUUAAAUCUUGUGUGAAUCUCAAUCCUGUUGUUGUAUGUUGAACAAGAUGAAUUUCUAUUCACUAGGUUUUCAAUCAAUAUAAAAUUAAUUCGACAUGUACAUUUUAUUUAAGAAGAAUAUUGUUUUUGAGUUUUGUAGGUACCAUUGAUGAGGCGGCGGCGAUUUCAUUGUCACCUUGGUUUUCCCAAGGCAUCAACAAUUCAGGCAAUACAUAAAAGUGCAAGGUAUUUAAAAAGUCAUUGCCGAAUGCAUACUUUUGAUGUACCAAAAAGAAUUUAUAUUGAAUGAUGAGAUUUGCAUGAUUUAUUUAUUAAUAUUUAUAGAUAGUAAGAUAGGUGGAACAGCUGAUUGUAAUUUUAAUCCAACACACAAAAAAGAUAUGUUUGAAGCCUUUUGGUUGGUAAGAAGUAAAAUGGUUGUUGAACUUUCAGAGCGGGCGGCCUUGGGAUGCUGAUAUAAUUAAAUUGAAUAUAU